AUUUUUAUGUAGCAUUAUUGUGUGAGAGCCAUCCUUAUUGGACUGUGUGUACUAUGUGUGAUUGCAUAACAAAAUUUGGGUGUGUUUAUAUCCCAAUCCCAUCCCCUUCUCUCUCAUUUCUGUAGAUCUCACUACCGCAUGUGAAAUUAAAAAGUUCGCGUUUUCCGCAUCUGAGCACCUCUCUUUCUCGCGAGUAAAUGAGCCGAAUAGAUAUUGAACCUGAGGAAGACAGCAAUGAUUUGCCACCACGAAUGGCAGCGGGUGAGGCUCAGGAACCGAGUCAUCUUCGUGGACAAGACAGGGGAGAUCAAACUUCCUGGAUGGGUCGGAACAAGAGAGAGAUACCAUGGAAGUGUAUUCCGGUCCCUAUAGCACUAGCAUAUCAGAGCUUUGGAGUGGUAUAUGGAGAUCUGAGCACUUCACCACUAUAUGUAUACAGAAGUAUAUUUUCUGGGAUGUCACAUCAUCAUCAGGAUACUGAUACAAUAUUUGGGGCAUUUUCAUUAAUCUUUUGGACCUUAACUCUGAUUCCAUUGCUCAAAUAUAUCAUUAUUAUUCUCAGCGCUGACGAUAACGGUGAAGGUGGGACAUUUGCUCUAUACUCCCUGCUUUGUCGACACGGAAAAUUCAGUCUUCUUCCUAAUCAACAAGCAGCUGAUGAGGAGCUUUCAGCAUACAAAUAUGGUUCAUCGGGACAGUGUACUCCAUCUUUAGCACUGAAGAGAUCUAUAGAGAAGCGCAAAAAUUUGCGAACUGUUUUGUUGCUUGUAGUCUUAUUGGGUGCUGGCAUGGUAAUAGGUGAUGGUGUAGUUACUCCUGCAAUGUCAGUACUGUCAGCAGUAUCAGGGCUUCAAGCUGCUCACACAAAGUUGCCCUCAGGUGGUGUGCGGUUAAUCUGUUGCGUCAUAUUGGUUGGACUAUUUGCUUUGCAGCACAGUGGCACGCAUAAGGUUGGCAUCUUGUUUGCCCCGGUAGUUGUCAUCUGGUUAAUAUCAAUUUUCGCCAUUGGCAUGUAUAAUAUCAUAUGGUGGAACCCAAAAAUUGUGAUUGCUCUUUCUCCACAUUAUAUCUUCAAAUACUUUGCUCAAACCGGUACAGAUGGAUGGUUUUCACUUGGAGGGGUUCUCUUGUCUAUAACAGGUACUGAAGCUAUGUUUGCAGAUCUUGGUCAUUUCUCUGCAACCUCAAUAAGGAUGGCAUUUAUUUUACUAGUGUACCCUUGCUUGGUAGUCCAAUAUAUGGGCCAAGCUGCUUUUCUAUCAAAGAACAUGGAUUCCAUUCAAAAUAGCUUCUACGAUUCAGUUCCUGAUGGUUUAUUCUGGCCCGUACUUAUUAUCGCCACCCUUGCUGCUAUUGUUGCUAGUCAGGCUAUUAUUUCAGCAACAUUCUCUAUUAUUAAGCAAUGCAAUGCACUCAGUUGCUUCCCGCGUGUGAAGGUUGUUCACACCUCAAAACAAAUUGAGGGGCAGAUUUAUAUACCAGAAAUCAACUGGAUCCUCAUGAUUCUUACUCUUGCUGUGGCCAUUGGCUUCAAAGACACAGACACUAUCGGGAAUGCGUAUGGCCUAGCUGUGAUGUCAGUGAUGUUUAUUACGACUUUUCUGAUGGCACUUGUCAUGAUCUUUGUGUGGCAAAGGAGUAUAAUGGUUGCUGCUUUGUUUCUCAUUUCCUUUUGGAUCGUUGAAGGUGCAUACCUGGGUGCAGCAUUGACAAAAGUUCCUCAGGGCGGGUGGGUUUCUCUUGUACUUGCUCUCUUCUUUAUGUUCAUCAUGUUCGUCUGGCACUACGGAACUCGCAAAAAGUACAACUUUGAUUUACACAACAAGGUUCCCUUGAAAUGGAUCCUCGGCCUCGGUCCCAGCCUUGGUAUUGUGCGUGUGCCCGGAAUAGGCCUUGUAUACUCAGAGCUGGCGACAGGAGUGCCUGCAAUCUUCUCACACUUUGUAACAAAUCUCCCUGCUUUUCACAAUGUUCUGGUAUUUGUCUGUGUCAAAUCUGUUCCAGUGCCUUAUGUGGCACCCGAGGAGCGCUUUCUUAUUGGACGCAUCUGCCCCAGACCAUACAGGAUGUACCGUUGCAUCGUCAGGUAUGGAUACAAGGACUUGCAGGGAGAUGAUGGCAACUUUGAGAACCUCCUGAUUCAGAGCAUAGCAGAGUUUAUCCAAAUGGAAGCUGUAGAGCCUCAGUUCGCGACACCUGACUCCGUAUCGUUCGACGGGAGGAUGGCCGUCAUAAGUUCCCAAGCAUGUUCUUCCUCCAAUCUCCUUGUGUCCAAUGAAGAUGACUUUGAUACUCUAAGUACCAUGCAGAGCAGCAAAUCUUUAACCCUGCAGAGCUUAAGGUCAGGUUAUGACGAGGAGAAUCCGCAGAUCAGGAGGCGGCGCGUGCGAUUUCAGGUGCCUGAGAGCGCGGCUAUGGAUCCGGCAGUCAGGGAGGAGCUUAAAGACUUGAUCGAUGCAAAAGAGGCUGGUGUUGCAUACAUAAUGGGGCACUCGUACGUGAAGGCGAGGCGGUCGUCUUCGUUUUUGAAGAAACUAGUCGUGGAUUUUGGGUAUUCGUUUCUGCGUAAGAACUGCAGGGGUCCUUCAGUGGCGCUGCACAUUCCUCACAUCAGCUUGAUCGAAGUAGGCAUGAUAUAUCAUGUCUGAUGAAUCUGCAUCUGCUGUUCUAUUGCUUGUUUUGAUUAAGGCUUGUAUCUUUGUGAAGUUUAUGUGUAUAUCUUAGGAAUUCUGCAUUUAAAAUGCCUUGCUACUGCUUUAGCUGGAAUUUCAGUGCUAUUGCUUUAGGUUGAUAUUAUAUAUGGGCAAAUGGACUUUAAAAUCA